AAAAUAUUUAAAUCCAUUGAUGAUACUUUAGCGUACUGAAACGGUUCACGUUUGGUCACUCUCCGUCCAACUCCGUUAACUUUUGCUGAUGUGGCAGUCAACUCUCAAAGUUGACCGUUAACUUAGUGAUGUGGCAACUAAAAAAUUAUUAAAAAUAAAAAAAUAACUUUUAUAUUUUCCACUUCAUUAUUACAUUCAUUUAAAAAAAACUAAUUUCAAUCCAAAUCUCCUAGUAGUCUAUACUAGAACCCAGAGAUAUAAAUGACAGAAUUGGUAACUGGUAAGCAAACAAAACUAAAAACCGGAUAGAGAUGAUCAUGGCGCCUUUCGAGUUUAAUUCCACUACCCAUUUCGUCGCUUCAUCGGAAUCUACCACGAUCGACGUCUACGAGCUGACUCCGUCAACAACUUCCCCGUCUUCAGCUGUCAGAACCACCGACUGGAAAAUCGUCGUGACCGUCGCAGCCACUAGUCACCAGCAGCAGGAGAAUCAAUACGAUGCCCUGAAGUUGUUCGAAGAGGAGAUCACAGGGCGGGACCUGAGCAAUCUGGCAGAGUACCUUUCGCAGUCCCAUUUCUACGUCAACCCACUUGGCAAUUGCUUCAUAGACGUCUCCGCCGGCGACGGCGAGUUUGUCGAUCCGGCGUUUGGGGUACAGUUCUUGAGACUAAACGACACCUUCAACUGGUCUCAAUACGACGCCGUUAACCCCCCUCCGCCGUCCACAGUCGGCAAUCUGUGGGACACCCACCACGGGUUCCCCCAUCGCAGCGGCGAGAAGAGCGAGGCGAUCGUCGAUUACAAGAAGCAAUUGAACGAGAAGGAUGAGAAAUUGGGGAAAUUGAAGACUCAAUUGAGAUCGAAUACCCUAGAUCUGGAAUCGGCGAAGAGGGAUAUGGAGAAGUACUGCAAGUGGUGCUACGAUUUCACGUGCAGGUACCGCGACACGAUCUCGGCAUCCGAGGCUGCGGCGAAGAUCCGGCGGCGGAGGGUGAAGGUAGCGAGGUCGACAUUCGUGGCCCUAUCGCCGCCGGCGGUGUCGAUUAGUCCAGUGCGUUGUCGGGUGCCGUUGUUUAAAGAGGAGGCGAUCGAUGCGUUCUGGCUGUUGGACGAGGACGAAAAUAUAAUAAUGAGGUGAAAAUUUUUAAGGUUAAUUUUUUAUUUUUAAUAAUUUUUUAGUUGCCACGUCACUAAGUUAACGGUCAACUUUGAGAGUUGACUGUCACAUCAGCAAAAGUUAACGGAGUUGGACGGAGAGUGACUAAACGUGAAUCGUUUCAGUAAACUGAAGUACCACCAAUGGAUUUAAAUAUUUCGAGUGACCAAACUUGAACAUUUUGUGUAAUUUCAGUGACCAACCAUGCAAUUAACCCGAUUUAAAAGGUAUCUAAGUUUUGGAAUUUGGUUUUUACCAUCUAAAUAAAAGGAUAAGUGAUAA